AUGGCGGAAUCAAGCUCGAACAGAUCUGCGGUAGAGCAGCUAGAGCGAGAGGCACUUUAUAUACAUCCUUCGGAGAAUUCUAGCAUGAUAUUGGCUACUUCUCCCCUGGACGGCACGAAUUUUUUACCAUGGAGUCGCUCCAUCUAUGUUGCCUUAGGUACAAAAAUGAAACUAGGCUUCAUAGAUGGCUCAUUUCCGAGGCCUGAGAUAGGAUCAACUUCAUUUGAGCAGUGGCGUCUUGUUGAUCUUAUGGUUACCUCCUGGAUAUGGAAUUCCAUAUCCAGAGAAAUUGUUGAAUCCUUUAUGUUUGUUAACUCAUCUCGAGAACUUUGGUUGGAGAUACAAAGUCGGUACGGCAGAAGCAACGGACCGAUGAUCUAUCGGAUUCAACGCGAGAUUUCUUCCAUCUCGCAGCAUGACAUGUCUCUUACUGCAUAUGUGACAAAGCUGAAAACUUCCUGGAAUGAACUGUUAAGUUUGGCACCCAGUCCAAAGUGUACGUGUGGUGGCUGCACCUGUGGGGUGAAUAAGGCGAUUGAAGAACGGAACGAACACGUGCAGUUGAUGCAGUUUCUUAUGGGAUUACACGAGACGUGUGACAGCGAGAGAAGUCAGUUGCUGAUGCAGGAUCCUCUGCCUACUCUAGAACGAGCUUUCUCUAUGGUCUUCACGGUUGAAAAGCAAAGGCAAGUACAUACUGAAACGUCUGCUGUACCUCAACAUAUGGCUUAUCAAUUUGCAUCAAAGGAGGUCAAGAAAAAUGGUGCUGAGAGGUUUCAAACUAAGAAGAGAUCGUACAUAGACAAGAGAACUCUGACUUGUGCGCAUUGUCAUAGAACCGGUCACACUUUAGACACUUGUUUUCAAGUCCAUGGAGUACCAGACUGGUACAAAACCUUGAAUGAGAAGAAGAAGAAAGUACCUGGGGUUAAGUCUUUUGCAGCUGCAGCGACAAAUGAACAACAGACUUCUGCGGAGAGUAAUAACUAA